AUGGCUGCCAAGUCGGACGGGCUGUUAAAGAUGAUGAAGAAGAGCGACGUGGCUUUUACACCUUUGCAGAAUUCCGAGCACACCAACUCCGGGCAGCGGCAGGAGCACGGGCAGGAACCCCGGGAGGAGGAGGAGCAGGAGCGGGGCAGCCCCGAGCCCGGCUCGGCGGUGCUGCCCUCCCGGUGCUGCACGGGGCUGUGCCGGGGUCGCUGCCUCCGCUUCGCCCGGCACCAGAGGUACACCGUGUGGGACGGCCUGUGGAUCGUGGCCGCUGUCACCGUGUAUUUCUCGGACGUUGGCACGGACGUGUGGCUGGCCGUGGACUAUUACCUGCAUUCCCGUUACUGGUGGUUCGGAUUGACUCUCUUCUUCGUGGUGCUGGGCUCGCUGGCCGUCCAGGUCUUCAGUUUCAGGUGGUUCAUUCACGACUUCAGCGCCGACAGCGGCACCGGAGUCCACACCGGCAGCCCCGUGGACGGCAAGGUACUGAGCAGCGCCGGUGGGGGCGGCGAGACCGAUGCCCGAUCUCCACAGAGGCAGCCUCCGAGCACCAGGAACACUAACACCAGCAAAGGCAGCAAGGCAUCCUCGUGUUCCUUCUGCGUCUGGCUUCUGCAGUCAAUCAUCCACAUCCUUCAGCUGGGACAGCUCUGGAGAUAUUUGCGUACUAUAUAUCUUGGUAUCAGAAGUCGUCAAAGUGGAGAGCUUGACCGUUGGCGCUUUUACUGGAACAUGGUGUAUGAGUAUGCGGAUGUAAGUAUGUUACAUCUGCUGGCAACGUUUUUGGAAAGUGCUCCACAGCUUGUGCUGCAGCUGUGCAUUGUGAUUCAGAGCCAUCGCUUAGAAGCACUUCAAGGCCUUACAGCUGCUGCAUCCUUGGUAUCAUUGGCUUGGGCCUUGGCAUCCUACCAGAAGGCUCUUCGAGACUCCAGAAAUGAUAAAAAACCCAUCAGCUACCUGGCUGUUAUCAUUCAGUUCUGUUGGCAUUUCUUCACCAUUGCAGCCAGAGUCAUCACAUUUGCCUUGUUCGCAUCUGUUUUUCAGCUCUAUUUUGGGAUCUUCAUUGUUUUACAUUGGUGCAUCAUGACUUUCUGGAUUGUUCAUUGUGAAACAGAGUUCUGCAUAACCAAGUGGGAGGAGAUUGUAUUUGACAUGGUUGUGGGAAUAAUCUAUAUUUUCAGUUGGUUCAAUGUUAAAGAAGGAAGGACUCGGUGUCGGCUGUUCAUCUACUACUUUGGAAUCCUUUUGGAAAACACGGCCUUGAGUGCUCUAUGGUACUUGUACCGAGCACCUCAAAUAACUGAUGCUUUUGCUAUACCAGCGCUUUGUGUUGUCUUUAGUAGCUUUUUGACUGGAAUCGUUUUUAUGUUGAUGUAUUAUGCCUUUUUUCAUCCAAAUGGACCAAGGUUUGGCCAGUCACCAAGCUGUGCUUGUAAGGAACCUGUGACCACUUUCAAUUUGCCAGCAGAGGUGUCGGCAAAUGCCUUGAGGUCUGUGUCUCAAAACAGGGAACAGAAACUCCCAGAAAGAGAGAGUUGUAUGCCUGUUUUUCAGGUCAGACCCACUGCACCCUCCACACCAUCUUCACGCACCCCACGGAUAGAAGAAACUGUGAUCAAAAUUGACCUAUUGAGAAACAAGUAUCCAGCUUGGGACAGACAUGUUUUGGACAGAAGUCUGCGAAAGGCCAUCCUUGCUUUUGAAUGUGCAUCCUCGCCACCUCAACUUCAAUACAAGAAUGAAGCCCUCAUUGAAGAAAGGCUGGAGUAUGAAACAACUCUGUGAUAAGCUAACAAGUUGUUCUGUUAAGGAAGCACGUUGCCAAACCAGAGGCUGAAACUAGGAUUGUGGUGAUAACAGUGAGUAGAAAGUUUCCUCUGGGUGCUGCAUCUGGUGAGACCAUAAAGCAAUUUGUGGUUUUGAUGCACACAAUACAUUAAUGUAUAUGCUGCCAAGAGCAUUAAUAUUUAUGAACCUGAGAGGCAGUGAAAUAUUAUUAAGAUUAGCGUUUUCUUAUUACUUCAGUGAUAUGGUGCUAAUUCAUCUGCCAGCAUAAUUUACCAAAAUUGGGCUUCUCAAACCUGUCAAGAAUUAAAAAUGCAUUAUCUGCUGGCAGUAUGAACAUGCACAUUUUCUAGUUACUAUAAUUGAACAGCAUUUGCAAAAUGUAUUUCUUUGACUUAUGUAAGAGUUAAAAAAAUGUGAUUUUGUUGGUUUUUUUAUAUAUUGUGAACUAUGCUAGAAAGUAACUUUUUAAAUGGAAAAUCGUGAUAUUGUGGACUAAAUUUUAUGCAGAUGUUGAAUACAAUCUUGGCAGCUUUCCAUUCUGGAUUGUAUCAUCGUGGGAACUGAAAUGGAAUUUUAACUAUCCUACGCACAGUAUAUGUAUAAAGCUUAAGUAAAGGUGUCUGCACCAAAACACCAACCUGCAGUUUGUGGCUGUUUAGUAAUUUAAUAGAGCACAUGUCCCUGGAUUUUUGGUGAGAAACAGGGUCACAAUUAUCUCAGUGUGGAAGCCAAGAAAACGAUGUAAAUUUACCAGAAGAGUCAAGAUUCAACAUGCAAGUACAGGCAGGCACAUACCAUUAGUACACUCAAUGGCAACAACUUAGCUGAAUAGAAAAGAAGCACAAACUUUCAUUCAGAUUAUCAGCUACUGGCAGAGUUCUAGUUGAAACCAGUCUUGAUAACUGACUAUGAUACAUUCCUCAGUACUGGAAGCUGUGCUUGGGCUACAAUGUCAGAGUGUAAUCACUAGUCAUGGAGUGAAAAUAUAAAUGGGGGAUGCAAUAAGCCAAUUAAUUGUAAAUAAUUGGAAGAGAAGAUUGACAAAAUUGUUUCCACUGUUAUUGUGGACAUUAUUGAGAGUGUACAAUAGCCCUGCAUUCUGUGGUAAUGUAAUUGUAUAAAUCAGUGAUGAACAAUUGGGCAAAUGCUUCUGUGCCAGAGUAUAGUUUUAAAUACUUUGCAUUAGACAAGGUUGAUUUUGCUUGUCAGUGGAAACUAUUCUAAUUACUGUACAUUAUUUAUGUUUCAAUUAUUAAUAAUUUUACCUGUAUAACUGUUUUGUCUGAAGAAUCUAAAUACAACAGGAAUAUGCAAAGAAUGGGUUCAGAGAAAUUGCUUUGUCUUUUCACAAAAAAAAAUUAUUCAUUGUCAUAAAAAGAGUUUUUUUGAUGGAAAAUCUUAGU